AUGGUUUCCGGGGGACAAUUAUCCGGGUGCACGAUGUUGCGCUCGGUGUUCCGGUUGUCUCGGGUCUGUGUCAGGUCACCGAGAUGUCCGCUGUCACAUGUUCCUCUUCUGCGGGCCCCCAUCGUCCAACAGCCCCCCGGUGUCCUGACCGUGACGCGGGGCUACAGCAAUGAGAGCCCGGGAUCCAAGCGGGUGGUAGUUGUCGGUGUUCCGAAUCCCAUCAUCUGGUUUCGAACUAGAAUCUACUUCUUUCUUAUCAGAACCUACCUGGACCGGGAGUUCAGCAUAGAAGAAUUUACUGACGGGGCCAAGCAAGCCUUCUCCUUUGUAUCCAGACUGCUGUCCCAGUGCAAAUUUGAUGCCUUGGAAAAUCUUGUGGCCAGCGAGAUCCUGAAAGACAUGACGGAAAAAUGCUUAGUGCUUUCUGACAACUGCAGAAAAGCUCUGGCAGCAGAGUCUGAUGAGAUUAUGUACUCCUUUCCUGGAGAUGUUGCUAUUUAUUAUGAUGAUAAUGGGAGAAAAUUUGUCCGCAUACUUAUGCGUUUCUGGUACUUGUCGUAUGCAGAUAUUCCUGAUGAGGAGCUAGAAGGAACAAAAGUGUUUCAAGUUGUAAUGGGGAAUGAAAAUACUAAGGACACAAAGCGUGUCCUCACUGCAAACUACGAGUUUCGCAGAGAAUUUACCCAAGGAGUAAAACCUGACUGGAUCAUCACUCGCAUUGAACAUUCAAAAUUGUUAGAGUGAACUGCACAGACUGUCAGCGUUAUCCUGUCGAUGUCUUUAUAUUUCUUUUCAGACAGAAUCACAAUUCUGAAUAUUAAAAUAAUCCAUUCUACUUCUGCUUUUUACCAGUUAAAGAGUACCUGUCAUCAAACUAUUUUUUAAAACUAACUCUGAUUAUAUUCCCUACUAACACCCCUCAUGCCAUUAAAAUAAAUUUCAGAGCUUUAAAAAGCUGUGUAUCAUACCUUUCCCCUUGCUCACAUUGUGUGAGCUCCCAGCAGGAGAAAAUGGGUGUUCCCCAGCAUGCGCGAUAUCACUAAAGCCUGCAAAAGCUGUGCCUUACUAUGCCCUGCACACAUUUCCUGAGUUUGGUCUCCUGCCAGGCCAGGAGGAGACCAAACUAACUGUUUGACUUGUGGCAGGGAACAGAACAGAGCCACCUAGUGGCCGUUUUUUCAGUCACAUUAAAAACAUAUAAAGGUUGAGAAUUUUAACAGCAAGUAAAUAGCAAAGUGACUUACAAUUACAUAAGGAAUAAUAUAUUAAAAGUUUAGUUUAAUGACUUGUCAUACUCAUCGGUAUACAUCUGGCUGAGAUUACUUGUCUUUAAGAUUAAAGAAUCAGUUGAGUGAGGAAAAAGUACUUUACACAGCAAGCAACAGCCCCUAUUGUAUACUAAAUAAAAGAACAAAUGCAGAAUGAGUCAGAUGAUUUAGGAAGUUAUGGAUAUUUUCAUCACUGUUGCCUAGAGGGAAUUGUUGUGACCUUGCAGAGUUGUGUGAAAGACACAGUAACUUAUGAAGGCAUGUAGACACACAUGGAGGAUGCAGCCAUCUCUGAGGUCUCUGAGUUGUCCAUGCCUUGAAUAGUGAAGAAAAUGGCAAACAAAGAUCUGAAUUUUGGCUCAAACAUCUGUCGAUACCAUAGCUUGUAGUAUAAUGACAAAUUGUGUAUUGUUUUUUAAUUCUCAAAUUUUAAUGGGGGCACUUAUUGUUGUCUUUGGAAGGUGAGUUUUGAAGUAAUUUGUUUUCUGCUUUGGUUUUGCUUAUGUGCAACACAUUUAUUAUACUAUCAAGGGGGGUUGAUAAAUGUGGCGCACAUAAACAAAAAACAAUAAAUCACUUCAGAACACCAUUUUGUAUGAUUCCUUCUCUCCUCUGCCACUUUUUAUACACAAAAAGUUGCAGUUGUGACUUUUUGUGCAAGUUUUAAAAAGUGCUUGCCAAAAGCAGUUUUGUAAGCUAGGUCUGACCUGGCAUUGGCUUGCGACAUUUUGAAGGGGUUCGCGACUUUUUUAUGCCUAUGUACGACUUAAGCACUUCAUAAAUAUGCAACCACUGCAAAAUGAAAACUGAAAGCUGCUUGGGUAAGGCUGUUUGCUACUUUAUGCAACUUUGUGUUUUGAGGCAUAAAGCCUCUAUCUGAUUACUAUAAGAUGAAUAUGAGGUGAAAGGAGAAGAUGCACACACUGGGGUGCAUUCUUGGCAGUUCCAGUGAAUGUCAAUGGAGUUAUAUAAAAUGUUUUAAACCACCCAUGCGGCUGUUUCUUGAAUGCCUGACACACCAACCAUUCCAGAUGGGAGGCCCUUAUUCUUGAUAUAGAAGGGGUAUCCAUAAACAUUUGAGAUUGGAAUUAUCCUUUAAAGGGGUUAUCUGGCAACAAAACAUAUCCCCUAUCUGAACGUGGUGGUCUGACAACUGCAAUCUCCAGAACUGAGCCCCGUCUCUCACCUUGGGACACUGCUUGUCCCCACAAAAGGGCAAUACAACACUGGCUCCCACCUUUUGGAGAAGGCAUCCUCGUGUUGAACAGUAAAGGCUCGCUCAUCCAAUCACCAGAUAAAACUAAUUUAUCAUGCAUGUGCCAAGCAGUGUGGCUGUCAAUUAAGAAGAUGGAGAGGGGCAUUGAAAACAAGUAGUGGGAAGAACUAAGCUGGGCAUUUUAGGCUCAUGGAGAACACCCCCUGGGCUUUUGUGACUAAUUAGCAUAUUUAUAUAAAGACAUAUCUUGGCGCCGGAGGACUUUACCCCCUUAAGGAUGCCACCUUUUUUUACCUUAAUGACCAAGCCCAAUUUUUCAUAUCUGGCAUGUGUAUUUUUAAGUCGUAAUACCUUUUACAUGCUUUUAGUUAGCGACGGGAUUCUAAGAUAGUUUUUUCGUGACAUAUUGUACUUUAUACAUGGUAAAUCUUUGUUUAUCAUGCAGCACUGUUGUGAAAAACUCCAAAAUAUUGUGAAAAAUUGGAUGGUAAAAAGUAAUUUUUAUUCUGUGGGUCGGUAGGAUUUAUAUAGCUCCAUUGUGUGAGCGCUUAUUUUUUACAGGACAAUCUGUACUUUUUAUUGGUACCAAUUUUACGAUUCAUGCUACCUUUUGAUCUUAUUUUAUUCCACGUUUUGGACCAAAAUUAGAAUUUUUUUUUAGUAUUUUUUUUUUUUUUUGUCAUGCGUUCACCGUGCGGGUUAAAUACCAUCAUUGUUUUAUUGUACAAGUCAUUACGGAUGUGGCAAUACCAAUUAUGUAUAGGUAUCUGCGUUUUUUUUUUUGGGGUGAUAAUAUAGGGCUUUAUUUGGAAAGAGGCAUUUAUGUUAUUCUUUUUAUACUUUUAUUUAAAAACCUCCAUUAUAAUCAAUGUAUUGGGAUAGAUUUGAUGAAAUGGAACCAAUGCCCGAAACUAUAGGGUGACCUGGGGGCUGUUUGGGAUUUUUAUGGAUCUUUGGUAUUGUUAAAAAAACAAUAUGCGUUUGAGUUCCUGUAAUAAAUUCGAAUUCAUGUUUGGAUAGGAUCCCUUGCUCUUUGGCUUUCAUGCAUAAUGUUACCAAUUCUUCGGAGUAUUGUGUAGUGGAAUAAUUUUUUUAUUUUGGUGUCCAUGAGUUGUGACAAACAUUCGAAUACAUAGGAUGAUGUGUCCAUCACCACUAUGCCGCACCCUAAUGGUGACGAACAGAUCCUGUUGGAGUUGUUUAAUGGCUCUAAUUUCUCCUGGUGUUAAAUUUCCCCAUGGUUGUUUUGGUAUUUUUAUUUCCCUUAAAUCAUUCUCAACAGCCUUUCUAAAAGCUAUCAUAUCUGCGCUUAUCUCCUGUCUAGGAAAAAAGAGUGAUUUAUUUUUCAACGCUGGGUGUUUGUAAAAAGAUGAGCUAGUAGCCUGGGUGUCUAUAUGGUUCUUCAUAAAGUAUUUUUUGAGACUAAGUUUGCGAAUAUAUUUCUCUAGCCCUAUGUAUACACCGAAUUUGUCCAGUUGUUUGCUAGGUGCAAAUUUAAGUCCUUUAUUUAGUAAACUAAGUUGGUUUGGAUUCAGUGGAACCAAGCUGAGAUUUAAAAUAGCACUUUGUGCUUCUGUUUGUUCUAUGUUUUACUUAAUUUUAAUUUCUGUUGUACGACCUCUUCUAUUACAUCCUCUACGUAUUCUCUUUUUCUGUUGGUGUUCUGGGUGGUGGGAGUAGUUAGAGGGGUUGGGUGUAUCUGCGCUACUGUUUCCACCGUUUGGAACGUUUUGCGUGGUGCUGCUAUGUGUUUGGUGGAAGGAUCGGGGUGGGAGUUGUUGGUUUAUUGUUUGUGGUAUUUGGUAACUGUGUGUGAUGGUGUUGUCUGUAUUGGGAUUUAUAAGGAAUAUAGGGUCUGGGUGUCCUCCAAUUGGGAUAUUGGUAGUGUGUUGGAUGGGAACUGGAUGGCUAGGGACCUGUGUUGUGUCUGGGAUAUGACUGAUGUGUUGUGGCCAUAGUGAGGUCUGUGUAUCAGGGGUUGAGUGCUGUAUGAGUGGUGGGUGUCUUCAUGGCGUAGUCCCUUCUAAAGAAUGUCUGUGGCUAGUGCCACGUAUAUAUUAGAUACAGGGACGUUGUAGGUUUGUGUUUGUGCUCUGAGGUCUAUUUUUUUUAUAUGCCAUAAAUGGUUUUUUUUUUUUUUUGUUGAUCUCAUUUUCCACUGAAUCCAAUUUUUUUGCUUAAGGAUUCUUGAUAUUUUAGGAAUUCAGGUGUUUUCUCAAAUUAAUCUAUUGUAGUGCGAAGUGUCACAAUUUUCAAAUCAAUUUCAACCAACAUUUCUUGUCGUCUCUCUACUACCAACUUGGUGGCUUCUAUAGAUACUUGUUAAAAAAAAAAAUAAAAAAGUAUUCAAUUUGA